AGUACUAUAGUAGCAUAUCCCCCACUACCCUCAUGAUAAUAUUGUCAAGUUGUUUCUCGCAAGAGCUGCUCAUCUCCACUCUCGUGCUACUUGUCCCUAUGUACUUGUACUUCAAGUAUAGUAGUAGAUCGAAGAACCCAUCAAUGCUUCCCACAAACUGGCCAAUAAUGCAUAUGUUACCUUCCUUCCUAGCCAACGCCCGAAACUUGCAUGACUAUCUCACCAAGGUCCUUGCCGAAUCAGGCCACAACUUCAGGGCACACGGCCCGGUUGGGACCGGGAUGCGGUUACUAAUCACCUGCGAUCCUGCAAAUGUCCGACACAUCUUCACGACAAACUACACCAACUUCCCCAAGGGAACAGAGUUUGCCGCCAUUUUUGACAUCAUGGUUGGCAGUCUCUUCACCAUCGAUGGUGCACCGUCUCUCCGUCCACGUGCAAAAAUCCAGAGCGUGCUUAGCAGCCCACUGUUGGUUUCCAGUAUAGCGACUUGCUGUCAUGACAAGGUGGAGAAUGGCCUUCUCCCAUUGUUUGCCCACCUAGCAAGCACCGACACUCCAUUUGACAUGCAAGAAGUGAUUUCAAGGUUUAUGUUUGACCUGGCUGCCACACCUCUCUUUAGCGUCGACCCUCGCCUCCUGUCCUUCUCCUCGGACAUGUUGAUGCCACCCACGGAUGCCGCGGUCGCCAUGGACACGGUAAUGAGGUGCCUAAACAUCGGCCCCGAGAGAAAGCUUCGUGCAGCGCACAAGGUGCUAAGAAGAUUUGCUGCGGAGAUGAUCAAGGAGAGGAAUAAGAUCACUCUCAAUGGAGGAAGACGUGCAUUGAGUAAUGAUGAGGAACACGAGGAUAUUCUAUCUUCCUACAUCAAUGACCCAGACUACAUCAACACUGACUUGCUGCAUGCGGUGCUCCUCAGCUUCAUGCUUGCUGGUCGGGACACGGUUGGUACCACUCUACCAUGGGUCUUCUACAACCUCAUCCUAAACCCUGACAUUGUGUCAAUUAUUCGUAGUCAACUCUCACCCAUUGCAUCACGCAAAGCACCCAUGGGCCCGGGUGCUAUGAUGAUCUUUGAGCCGGAGGAUACAAAACCUCUGGUCUAUCUCAGAGCUGCCUUGUACGAGACUCUUAGGUUGUAUCCAUCGGCACCUAUCGAGCGCAAGACAGUGGCUGCUGAUGAUAUCAUGCCGAGUGGCCACGAGGUGCAGGCCGGGGACACCAUCCUUAUUUCUCUCUACUCCAUGGGGAGAAUGGAAGACCUGUGGGGUAGCGAUUGCCUUGAGUAUAACCCAAAUAGGUGGUUGUCGGAGGAUGGCAACACCCUGAGGUACGUCCCAUCUCACAAGUUCUUGGCCUUCAACUCGGGCUCGAGGAUCUGCCCAGGCAAGGAAAUUGCGGUUAUGCAUAUGAAGACUAUAGUCGCAACCGUGUUGUGGAACUUUGAUGUGGAGGUGGUGGCAGGGCAGAUCAUCCAGCCUAAGCCGUCUUGUAUUCUACAGAUGAAAAAUGGAUUUAUAGUAAAAUUGAAGAAGCGAGAAUUGUAACUUUAUGCUCUCCUUAUAUUUAAAUUACUUUAGGGUCAUUCGUGGUUCUUUCAAG